UAUAAAAGAACCUAAAAUGGCGCAUUCGCUCUUCGUUCUACUUUUCAUAUUUGGUGCGAUAAUUCCUACCUUCGACGCUCAUAUUGGCCAUUUUGAUGAAGUUUGGAGGAGAAGAGCCGAGGAAGCCAUAAAGUUCGCCGACCUAACUUAUGAGAGCGAACCUAUCAAUGUCACACUAGCAUUCAACAAGAAAACUCGCGACGCUAUGAAGGAAUUAAGUGCAGUACAUGCAAAGAAUGGCACAAGGAGGGAGCUAAGCAAAAAAUACGAAGGCCCUUGCAAUGUCACAAAUCCAAUUGAUAAGUGCUGGAGAUGUGACCCAAAUUGGGCUGACAACAGGAAGAAACUGGUACAAUGUGCUAUGGGCUUUGGUUCCAAGACCACCGGCGGGAGGGAUGGCAACUAUUACGUCGUCACUGACCCUUCAGAUGAUUAUACCAAUCCAAAACCAGGAACCCUCCGUCAUGCUUGUAUCCAAAAGGAGCCAUUGUGGAUCAUUUUUCAACAAAGUAUGUACAUUAAGCUACAUCAGGAGCUGAUCAUGCAGGCUGAUAAAACUAUCGAUGGUCGUGGUGCUCAAGUUCACAUUGUUGGCGGAGCUGGUAUCAUGAUCCAAUAUACGAAAAAUGUAAUCAUCCACGGAUUACACAUUCACGAUAUCAUCCAAGGGAGUGGUGGGAUGAUAAGAGAUGCAGUGGAUCACAUUGGGCUCCGAACAUCGAGUGAUGGAGAUGGCAUUUCCAUAUUUGGUUCGUCCAAUAUUUGGAUUGAUCAUAUGUCUAUGCGGAAUUGCUACGAUGGAAUUAUUGAUGCUAUUCAGGGAUCCACUGGUAUCACCAUUUCCAAUAGCCACUUCACAGAUCAUAAUGAGGUUAUGCUGUUUGGUGCAAGUGACAGUUCUACAAUAGAUCAAAAAAUGCAAAUUACACUAGCAUUCAAUCAUUUUGGGAAGAGGUUGGUGCAGAGGAUGCCUAGGUGCAGACAUGGAUACAUCCAUGUUGUCAAUAAUGACUAUACUCACUGGAACAUGUAUGCUAUUGGUGGUAGUAAAAAUCCCACCAUCAUUAGCCAGGGUAAUCGUUUCAUUGCUCCUCCUGACAACCAGAAGAAGCAGGUCACAAAGAGGGAGUACUCCCCAGAUUCAGUAUGGAUGCAGUGGACAUGGAGAUCAGAGGGAGAUUUAUUCAUGAAUGGAGCAUACUUUAUUCAAUCUGGAGAUCCUGAUUGGUCAAAGAAACAUCACGAUCUUUACGAUGGCAUUUCAGCUGCCCCAGCUGAUCAAGUCACUUGGAUGACAAGGUUUGCAGGGGCACUUGCUUGCAAGGUUGGAGAGCCUUGCUAGAAAACUGGAAGAGUGUAAAAAUGAAAAAAUAAAUUACUCCCCCAUUGGAUCAUACUGUAUACUGUUGCUCUAAUAACUUUAUAUUUUUGUACUUGUACAUAAUCGAGACCCUCAACAAUUUUGAGUUUUCCUAGUUUUGUAUUUAAAGUUUCGGUUAUGGAAAAGAAAUUCAUUUUGAUUUAAUUCGAUAGUCUGUAUUCUGUAUAGCCUAGCUUGUGACACCAUGCUUUCAAUUUUGGAUGUUACAUACGAAUAAUGUACAUAAUUUUUGUACUAUGAAUAAUAAAAUUGAUGUAUCACAAAACAAAUUACUAUAAGAUCUAUUAAAGUUUCAUGUA